AUGGAAUCUCCUAAAGCUCCACGAAGAUAUGAGCCUGCUGCUGACCCCUUUUCCACUGUCAUUGUGGAUGACUUAUUGCAAGGCCUAAAUGAAUGAAGAAACAUCCAAGAUAUUGUAAGAUUAACUGUCAAAGCAUUAACAGACGUUGUCAAAGCCCAAGGCAGCGCAAUCAAAGACAUCGAGCGCCAGCUUCCUCAAAAAGCAAGCAAGGCAGAAUUGUCAAUGAGUUUGGCCCAAAAAGCGAAUUUACAAGACACAAGCCAAGUGAUAUCAGAGCUCCAAGAAAGUUUAAAUGAAAAAUUAAAUUCUUUUGAAAUUCGGGCAUUAGUAGAAGAAAAAGUCUCAAAAAGCGAGCUGCAGUAUCUUUUAGGCUCAAAAAUUUCAGUGGAAGAAGCCAGACAGCUGCUGGAAUCUAAAGCAAAUUUGAGGGAUAUUGAUAAUGCUCAUCAGCAGAUUCAGCUGCUGAGGAAUGAGAUUGAGAGUCUUCCUAGUGGAAAAGAUGUAGAAUUUUUAAAAAGUCAGCUAAAAGAAAAAGCGGAUUGAAAAGAUGUGGAAGAAGCCUUGGAAACGAAAGCGAAUAAGCAGACUGUUGCAAGUGCACUGCAUAGAAAAGCGAAUAGAGUAGAUAUUGAUGCAAUUUUAGGACAGAAAGCAGAUUCAAAUGAGGUUAAAGAAGUCCUUAGGGCAUUAGAAAAUAAAGCAGAUUAUUCAUCGCUAGAACAAUUAUCACUAAUUCUUGACAAAAAACUAGAAAAAGAAGAAUUUUACACAAAAAUCCUCCCUGAAAUUUCCAAGCGAAGCGACAUAGACUCCUUAUUUUCUAACAUAGAAAAGCUGAAUUAUCAAUUAGAAGCAGCCACUCGCAAUUCCCAGCAUGAAAUUGAAGAAACCAGAAAGUUCAUUUCCUCUAAUUUCAGCCUCAAAGCAGACCUAAAAGACAUAGACAAAAUCUUCGUCUCCUUGUCUCAAAAAGCUGACCAUUCUUUUAUGCUAGAAAGCAUUGACAACUUAAAGCGAGACCUAAAAGACCUCGCCAAUGAUACGAAAAAAGAAUUUUCAUCAGGAAGAAAAAGAAGUGAAGAAGCUUUUGAAGUAAUAAAUAAGUUAAAAGAAGACAUAGCAAGGCUUAAAGAUGACGUGAUAGGUGUUGUUGAACUUACCAGAAGUGACGUAGAUGAACAAUCCAAAACUUUGAAAAGUCUCAUAAGCGCCAAUAGGGAUGAGAUUGAAAAAGAAAUUUCUGAAGCUUUUGAACACAUAGAAAACCUUAAGGCAGACUUGGUAGAAUUAGCUGAUAGCUCGGUAGAUAAAGGGGAAAUAGUGAAUAUGAAGCAAGGGAUUACGACCUUAUAUGAAACUAAAGCAAGCAUCGGAGAAGUCAGCACUGAGUUGACAAGUGUCCAAAAAGAUAUGCUGAAUAAAUUGCAGGACUUAAAAGAUCAAAUCUCUAAUAAAUUCAGCAGAAUAGAGACUGAGUUGUUUAGGAACUUAGAUGAUAAAGCUUCUCUAUUAGAAGUGCAAGGACUGCUAUCUACUAAGCUGGAUCUCUCACAAGCUUCAAAAAUGCUAGUAGCCAAAGCAAAUGUAGAAGAUUUAAACUUAAUUAGUAGCCAGCUUCAGAGCUUCCGAGACGAGCUAUAUAGAAAAUUCAAUCCAGAAGAAAUCGAUUUACAAGUAAAAUCGUCAAAAUUAUCUUUGGAAUACCUAGAAAAAGAGCUCCUAUUAAAAGCUAAUAUAAAAGAUAUGUGCACACUUCUAGACAUGAAGGCAAAUAUUAUUGACACAAACCGAGCUUUAAGCGAAAUUCAUAAAGAACUAGAUGUGAAGGUCAAUUUAGAAGAAUUUUCAGGGUACAUGCGAUCCCAGCAGCCUAUAAUUGAAGCUUUGUGUGCUGACAACUGUUCAGGGCGAUGGAUUUGGAAGUCAGGAGAGCUAAGAAGUGGCAAUGCUAUCCCUUGGGAAAUGCAGAUUUCUAACUCAGCUCCUGACAAUUUUUUGUGGGAAAAAGAAAAAACAAGUGUAGUCACUGUGGCUCCAGGGCUUUAUGAGCUUUAUUUUGGAUUUUAUUCCCGAAAAAGGCCAUCUAUACAAAUACUAAUCAAUGGUGAGCCUAUCAUUUUGGCCUCAAAAUCCCUCAGCAGUUCAGCUCAAUCCUCUAAAACUAAAACUGGCAACCACCCAGCAGGAAAUAUCACCGGCCUGACCUUUAUCGACUUUGUCGCUUUGCCCUCCAGAGCCCGAGUCUCUAUGUCUUACACAGGUGAAGCUCCAGGCGAAGGCUUUUUCUGCCUAAGGAAGCUCUAA